UUUUAUACAUACGACGGUUAUCUUUAUGUCGUUGAAGUGUGGAAGCGUCAAAAAUUGAACGAAUUCAAUAUAUACGUAUUUGUGUAUUCAUUGUUGUUCAUUGUCUUGACGGCUCUGACGAAUAAAGUGUAAAACGAAUUCAUUUGUUUGAAAAAAAAAAUUUGAUAGCUCUAUUGUUGGAGAAAAUGUGUUCUAAAGAAGAUCAUAUUAAUGAUGAAAAUGUGGAAAAUGAUGUUUACGAUGCAUUCGGAUGCCCAAGUUUUUAUCCUAACAGAAAGAACAAUGCUCAGGUUGCUCGACCCCUUCAAAUAUCACCUACUGAACGAUAUGCUUCACAUUAUAAAAUGGAUCAUCCUAAACGCGGCAUAGCAAUUAUAUUUAAUCAUGAACUUUUUUCUAUCAGUCACUUGAAAAUAAGAAACGGAACAAAUACGGAUUGCGAAAAUCUCAAGGAAACAUUAGAAUCACUUGGAUUUACAGUUCAAGUUCAUGAAAAUUAUACUUCUAAACAAUUAGGAAUUGUUUUGCAAGAAGUUGCCGAUUUAGAUCAUUCUACUCAUGACUGUUUAAUAGUUUCUGUAUUAAGCCAUGGAGAAUUAGGGAUGCUUUAUGCAUAUGAUACUUCUUACAAAGCUGAUAAUGUUUGGUCUUACUUCACAUCAGAUAAAUGUCCAACUCUUGCUGGAAAACCAAAACUGUUUUUCAUACAAGCCUGUCAAGGUGAUAAAUUAGAUUCUGGUUUUAGUUUAAAAGAACGUACAGAAACAGAUACUGCACAUUCUAGUACAUUUCGUAUACCAACUCAUGCGGACUUUCUUAUCGCAUAUUCAACUAUACCAGGUUAUUAUUCAUGGAGAAAUACGACACGUGGAUCAUGGUUUAUACAAGCAUUAUGCAUGGAAUUAAAAGAAUUUGGAAUGCGAUAUGAUUUGUUAACUCUACUUACUUUUGUCUGUCAACGAGUUGCAAUAGAUUAUGAAUCUAAUACUCCUGAUAAUAUUACCAUGCAUCAACAAAAACAAAUUCCAUGCAUAACUUCAAUGCUAACUCGUCUAGUAAAAUUCACAGCUCCUGCCAAUGGUGUUUAGUUUAAUGUUAUAAGAUUCACAUUACGUACCUAUAUAAGUAAUACAUUUUAUCUUAUUGUAACACAUAUAUUUCGUAUAUAUGUUCUUUAUAUUUAGAUAACGUGUAUUACUAUUUUUCUAUGUGCAUUACUGCCAUUACUUGCUGCAUUUAUAUUACAAAUUUAGACGAAUUAUGAUAUACACAUAUAUGAUAUACUAGAUAUAAGGAGAAGUACAAAUUUCUCUGCUUUUACACAUUAAUGAAAGUAUAACUCAAAUCUUUAA